CCGCAGACUCACCGGGCCAACGCCAGCGCUGCCUGCAUCAAGCAACAAUGGCAGCCACACUUGAGGCUGUUCACCUUCGAGCCGGCCGAGCCCUAGCGCUCCUUUCCCCACGGUGUCCAAGCCCGAACCGGCAAGACCGUUUGGAAAACUCGAUAACGAAAUAUCGCCGGCAUGGUGGCUUUUCAGCCGAGCGCCGACACGAGCCCUGGCCUAGGAUGCCCCAGCCAACCGAUCGACGCCAAACCGGCCAUCAUCGAGCCCGAUCCCUUUGCAAGAUGGCGCGCCAGAAAAAGCCCAUCUCCGUGCGUAGGUCUGUGUGACCUUUCAUCCACGCCAGGCCUGCGAUGCCAAACGUCUUAUGCUGACGCAAUGCACUUCUUGCGCCUAAUCAACACCGCGCUCAUCCCUGAAGCGCUUGCAAUAUGUAUGCACCAUCGCGAUGACUCCGACACUUUCAGAAGCAACCCAACCCACCCGCCAGGGCAUUGCGACGGCGAUCCGCAGUGUGAAGUCCAAUGCAGUAGGGGCUGUCUCCGAAAAGGAGCGGCAUGCGAUCCCCAUCCGCUCCGUUACCAAGCGCAUCCCACGCAUCCCCAUCACGUUUCGGUCGAGGAUGCCAUGUUGCAGCAUAGCCAGCUCGGAUCAAUGUUCGUUUGUGGCUGCGGUACGGUCAAGCGGGCACCCGCCUCGUCGCAUCACGAGACGAGAGAGUAAGCAUUGGGCAGGGGCACGCUUUUCAUGGCGCGUAUGCAUCUACCUGCAGUCGGUAUCGGAUCGCAACGAUGGAUGUGUGCUGACCGGCGUUGGCGCCCUCACCUACCCAAGGUAGCAUAAGGUUCUGGUAGUGAAUCAACUGCGAUCCUCACGAGUACAUUUCAGCAGUGCCCCUUCCGGCCUUUU